AUGGAAUAUAAUCGUGAACCGUGUCCCUGGAGAAUAGUGGACGAUUGCGGAGGUGCCUUCACCAUGGGCGCCAUUUGUGGCACACUUUUUCAAAGCGCCAUCGGUUUCCGAAACGCACCAUCGGGAUUCCAACGACGCCUCCACGGCGGCCUAACGACAGUAAAAAACCGUGUUCCUCAAAUCUCCGGCAACUUUGCUGUCUGGGGCGGCCUUUUCUCUGCUAUCGAGUGCACCUUGAUCCGCUGUCGUCGUAAAGAAGACCCGUGGAAUUCCAUAUUGAGCGGAGCGCUGACUGGAGGCGUUUUAGCCGCCAGAACCGGAUUUGUAUCGAUGAUAGGCAGCGCUACCGUUGGUGGCAUCUUCUUAGCUCUCGUUGAAGGAUUCGGAAUAAUGGCGACGCGACUUCACGCAGAUUCUUUCGCUCAACACAUGCAGAUGUACGAAAUGGAGAAUCUUCCGGAGUUCACCGGACUUGCGCCGAAAGCGAGAAUAGGGUUUACUGGCGCGCCGAUUAACGUGGAUGUGCCGAUGCAGAUGAAUGGUAAUAGCGUGGAGGUUGAUAUGAUCAAAGGUAGAUGA